AUGUCGGUGGCCUCUACAGAUGCUCGCUCGUCCUCGCCGGGCCCCAAGAUCACCCCGGAGGUGCUGCAAGAGACGCUGCAGUACUACAACCUCAGCCGGCAGGAGUUCAUCAGCACUUACAACAUCCAGCCGCUGGUGUACAUCGCCGAACUGCCGCGCGGAGCCAAGACUGGCUUUGUGAUCAUCUAUGCACUCAUCUUUGCGCUCGCACUUAGCGGCAACAGUUUGGUUAUUUCUGUGGUGGUGAAAAAGCGCGCCGUGCACACUGCCACGGACAUCUUCAUCUGCUCGCUGGCUGUCAGCGACCUGCUCAUCACUUUCUUCUGCAUGCCUUUCACCCUGCUGCAGAACAUCACUUCACAGUGGUUUGGAGGCGUGCUCGUUUGCAAGACGGUUCCUUUUGUGCAGACCACGGCGGUGGUGACGUGCAUUCUCACCAUGACCUGCAUUGCCAUCGAGAGAUACCUGGGUAUCGUUUUCCCGCUUCGAAUGAGGCGACAGUCAACUUCUAAAAGGGCAUACAUGAUGCUAGGGGUGGUGUGGCUCGCUUCAGUUAUCGUGGGAUCGCCUAUGUUGUUUGUGCAGCAGCUCAUAGUGAAGUACGAUUUUGUGUACGACAGUCACCACGUUUGCUGCCAGGAGAUCUGGCGCUCCUUGAGUGACCGGCAGGCAUACACCACCUUUAUCAUGGUGGCACUAUUCCUACUCCCUCUCACCGCCAUGCUUUUCCUCUACACCCGCAUCGCCUUUGAGCUGUGGAUCCGCAAAAGGGUGGGCGACUCUUCGGUACUCAACACCAUGAAUCACCGGGAGCUUGUCAAGAUGGACAGGAAGAAGAAGAGAGCUGUCAAGAUGAUGGUUAUCAUUGUUCUGCUAUUCACCGUUUGCUGGGCACCUUUCCACACAGUUCACAUGCUCUUUGAAUACUAUGACUUGGAGAACAAAUAUGACGGCGUAACGCUCAACAUGAUCGUUGCAGUCGUGCAGGCCAUCGGGUUCUUCAACAGCUUCAACAAUCCUAUCGUGUACGCCUUCAUGAACGAGAACUUCAAGAAGAGCUGCGUCACAGCGCUCUCGCAGUGCAUGCGGAAGCCGCACCAGAACGAGAAUGUCCAAGCGCCACCCGUGCAGUUUAUCAAACCUCAAACCAGGGAGGCCUUCCUGGAGUUGGACUCUGGCGGCAGCCCAAAGCAGCGCGCAGCCGACAAAGGCCCGUCGUGUGGCGAGAGCUCCCACGGGGAAGUCAGAGAAAAGCUUUCCACUGUUCAAACCGAACUUGUCGUAAACUCUCAAGAGACAUGA